AUGUCCGACGGUUUAGAAAUCCACUCAAUUCUCGAAUUCGGCGACGAACCUGCCCCCGGCCUCUGGUGGGUUCUUUCUCCUUCCGGCGAGUCCCCGCCAAUUCGCGCAGGAGCUGCCUCCCUCGUUGUCAAAAACGAGGAGCGACCAGAACUCGACGAAAAAAUCGUUAUCACCGGUGGCGCAACACCUGACGGAUUCAUCGACAAUUGCGUUGAGUUGAAUUUAUUUACGGGCGCGUGGAGGGCACUUGAGUCAACACAGUUUACCGCGAGAUAUGAGCACGCAAUGAUAUCAACAAGCGCUGAUGAUAACAAUGGCGGUCAACUAGCGCCACUCGUGCUGCUCGGUUCGAGUAAUUCAGAAAAUUCGACGGUGCAGGCUCAAAAGCUUACAGUUUCCGGCUGGGAGAAGGUUGAUUUCAGUGGACCUGCGAUAAGCUCAAGAACCGUGGCUCAACCGUGCUUUAGCGAUAAGAAGCUCUUCAUUUGGUCAGGCGGCACUCCUUCCGGCCCAUCACAAGAUCAAUCCGUCUACGUCGUCUCCGAUGGAACCAGCGUCGAAAAACACAAGAUCUCCGGCGAAGUGCCCUGCCCAACUCAAGAAUACGCCGCUUGCGCUAACGAGGAGUUCAUGUUCAUCCACGGGGGCUUGACUGCAACGGGAAAAUCAAAUUCUCUUUACCGAAUCAACCUCAAGACUUUCCGCUCAAAAUGCUGCUCAAUCGUCAAUCCUCCUGGAAAUCUGGCAAUGCACAAAAUGGUCCUCUUCGACGACCGAAUCUUCCUCUUUGGAGGUUUGAACGAAGAAAACAUCGUUUCCGACGAGCUUUGGGAAUUGAGCCCGACGAACGAGCACUGGACUCAAUUCAAAGCAAGAAAAGUUGUUUUCGAAACGAAGCCCACGCCCAGAUUAGCCUUCAACUUCCAUGUUUUGAAUCUUCCUAUCGCUCCAAAAACUUCCCAGAAUUCUGAGCAACCAACGAAUCUACCAGGAACACCAAACAUUCAACCCAUCGACGACUGGAAAGUCACUAUCGACGGAGCCAACAUCAAUCCAGAAUCCAGCGAAUCAAAAGUCGACGUUUCCGGCUAUUCCUCAACGCCAGUUCUUUUCAUCCACGGCGGUUGCGAUGCUGAAGGCGAGUUUUUCAACGAUCUCUACGUUGCCGCUAUUCCUCCGAAAGCAGAAUAG